AUGUCUUCAACAAUUCUAUCGACGCUUCGUGGAUUGGAUGAUGAUAAUGAGAAGGAACUGAAGUCUUACUUCGAUGAUAUUAUGAGCCGAGCACCAGCAGAUGAUCAUGAAUAUCUAGGCGAGAUUGUGAAUGCACUUAUUCAGAUAAGUUCGAAGUGUAUCUAUAUUAUUGACCAUCCAUUCUUUAUUCGUAUUCGAAAUACAUUUAUUAAUAACCUUGAAAAAUCUGUUGAUAAUUUUACCCUAUCAUGUCGCAUCGGUGAAUUAUUCUCUCAACUAACAAAUCAUACCAACGAUAAAAAUAUCCAACUUGUUCGUGAGUUCUUUGCGGAUUCGAAUCUAACUGAAUGUUUAAUUACAUCUAUCACUAAUCUCUCGUCCACAUCCAAUGAUCAUCUAAUUGGUAGUAUUGAACAUAUGAUUGAUGCAUACCAUAAAUUUCAAGACGAUCGUCCAGCUAUUCAAGAUGAUCCAAUUCUUUCGACAUUGAUCAUGCCUAUUGUUAACUUUUUCAAAUCAAAUGAAUAUAAAAAUUCAUUUUUUCAAUUAUCAGCUAAACAAGAUCAAUUGACAUCUUUUCAAAAACUCAUUCUUGUGACAUGUCCAACAUAUAUUAAAUCCUAUUGGGGUCAACUUCAAGAAGAAAUUUUCUCUGCAAUAGCACAAGUCACAUUGACUCGUGCGUCUGAAAUCUUCGAACAUUUUUUACCAUCAAUUGAUGAUUGGCAAGAGCCAGUCAUCUGGUCUAUCUAUUCACUGAUUUUACUUUGUCAAAGAUGUGGUAAUGAACAUCUUCUACCAGCUUACGAUUUACAACAUAAGAAAAUUCUUCAUCAUGUACUGAAUAUUGUUCAAGGAAAAGAAUUAUGGGAUGUUGCGAAUCAAGAUUCAACCUCAGACAAGCGUCAAUACCGAGUGAAUCAACUUUUUUGCUAUAGUACUCUUUACAUAUAUACUACAACAUUCUUACCGGAACUUCGUGAUAAACUAAAAGAAAAUAAUAUAACACCACUUCUGAUUAGACUUACUAAAGCGAAGUAUGAUAAAAUUCAAUUUCAUGCUUAUCGAACAUUAGCCGCUGUUCUUACUGAUAAUGAUAUUAAACAAUUAGCGAAUCCAGCUCAAAUUACCACUGUAUUCAUUACUUAUAUGAAAAAAACGCUUGAUGUCAUCGUACUAAGACAACGGUUGGAAAAUUUACUUCUCAGUUUGAAAAUUCUCAUUCAACAUGAUCAAAUCCGAGGGGAAUUUGCCAGGCAAAUGGAUGGUUUACCUCUUCUCUUGCGAUGUGCAACUGAAUUGCAAUUUGAAGGUACAAAAAUACAAUUACGUUCACUGAACAUUCUCAUGUCACUCACUUUUAACAAUGAAAUCAAGGUAUUACUUGAGAAAAAUAGCACUUUUAUUCAGCAUCUACGAACAUUGGCCACUUCUUCGAAAUCACCUGAAUUACAAAAAAUUGUCGAUGGUAUUUUAUGGCGAUUAUUUCCAAAAUAUGAAACAACUGAAACGAAAUUUCAAUACGAUGUAAUGAUAUCAUAUUCUCAUAAAGACAAAGAUCUAUGCCAUCAAAUACACAAAGCUCUCGUUGCCAAUAAUUUCCGCGUAUGGAUCGAUCUUGAACGAAUGCAUGGCAUCAUGAUGCAAGCAAUGGCUGAAGCAAUUGAACAAUCGCGUUAUAUUCUCAUCUGUAUGAGUGAUAGUUAUUGUGUCAGUCCUUAUUGUCAAGCCGAAGCACAGUAUGCAUUUGAAAAGCAACGUAUCUUGAUUCCAUUGAGAGUUCAAAUGGGUUAUAAACCGCAAGGUUGGCUAGCCUUUACAAUAUCUGGUCGAAUGUAUGUGGAUUUUAUCAAAUUAAAUUUUGAAACUGCUUAUGCUAAACUUAUGUCACAAUUUCAUCAAAAUCCAGUUGAUGAAAAAGAUGUUGCACCGAGAUUAUCACAACCAAACGUUAAAGAUGCUGUAGUAGAGAGGUAUGAUUCAAUUUUUAAGUCGUUGAGAUACUCUUUGUUGAAAUUAUUCUUUCUUCUUAUCCAUAUCCAUUAUAAAAUUUAUAUUAGAUAUAAAUAACGGGUAACCCAUAACGAAUGACCGCAUUUUGCAUUUUAUUUUUUCAUCAUCUAAUACGCUUUAUUAAAAAAACAAAAUAUAUCACAAGAUGCAGCGUGAGAAGUUCUACAAUUUACAUAGAACCGAUCAUUUUAUAGUUUUACUUUUUGUUUUUCAAAAUGAACAAAAUUUUGUGUGACCAAAUUUCGAUCGUGCAAAAGUUGGUCAUACGGAAUUUUGAUUUUUUUGAAAACAAUUACAAUAAGCUUUACUACGUAAAUUGUAGAGCUUUUCGCACUGCAUCUUGUGGUAUAUUUUGUUAUUUUUUUAAUAAAACGUAUUUAGAAAUUAAAAUAUGCAAUGCAAAGUGUAGCCAUUUAUUAUGGGUCACCCGUUAGUUGUACGAAUAGAUAUUGGAAAACUGUCCUUGGUAACAGUAACUCCAGAGAAUGAGAACUCUCAAAGAUAGAUCGUUUCCGUUUUGAAUGAACACGAUAAUAGCUACUUUUACACGAUGGUGUAUUUUUAUUUUAGAAAAGAGUGUGCCAUCUAUUCUUAUCCCAAUGAUGUACUUCAAUGGACUCCAGCCAAUGUUCGUGACUUUUUACUUGAUAAACAGCUUGAUCAAAUGAUACCGAUAUGUCAAUUCAUGGAUGGAAAAAGAUUAAUAGAUUUAUAUAAGUUAUGCUGUAACAAUUCUCCAUUAAUGUUGCAAACGCUUCGUUCUGAAACAAAGGAAUUACAUGCUGCAUCACUAUCGACUAAUACGUAUUUGAU